AUGCUAAAUGGAGCAUGCACUGUGAGCAAUUAUACAUAUACAGUAAUCUUGCAGCUAGAAGAUGUAAUACAUUGCAGUCACACACACACACACACACACACAGACAGAGCGGAUGCAGGGAGGUGUCGUGCAAAAUUUACGAAAAAAAAGAACCUCUCAUUUCACUUCCCCUUAGCGGAGGAUGCCACAUUUGUUCUGCAAGCUUUUUCUCAGAACUGGUAAAUUAUGAUAAUUAAACAGUUUUAAACUGGAUUCUUUUACAGAUCUGUUGCCUUAUGAAUUUAAUGUUUCCGAACAGCUGAUAUUACACAGCGUUUUCUGAAGUUUGAGUAGGAUUUUACGUGAGAAAGCAAAGAACGAAGCAGCUUUAUGACCUUCGGCCCCGUAUCCGCCUGAGACUCUCCAAAGAGCAAAACUGUGAAGAACGGCGGAUACAGGACACUUGUGGGCUCUAGAGAGAGAAGAGCAACAGAAGGGGAACUACUCAAGACUCAACGCUCAAGACUCUGUUACUACGAGGUCUAUGAGAAACGCUCUACAUCUCAAAAACGACAAUCUCAGUUCCUGUACCUCAAAUUCUGGACUCUACUGAACUCUACGUUACUCUACACUAUGGAACUCUCUGAAAUCCACUCAGACUGAUAUUUCUAUAGACGAAUUCCUGUGCAGAGUAUCCUUAGCCAUUACAGUUUGAUUUACUGGUGGUAGUGGACAAAAAUAUUUGUCCACACCCAACAAAGAUGACAUCAGCACUGGUCCAGCUCCCUUGAGGAUUCCCAGCCUGGACUACAAGCAGAAGCUUUAUAAAACCCCCACAGUACAGAGACACAAUCAUGAACGGCGUGACCGAGACGUCUGUAAAAUGUGUCUUGGUGGGCGACUGUGCAGUUGGCAAAACUGCGCUCCUCGUGCGCUUCACCUCCGAGACCUUCCCCGACAGCUACAGACCCACUGUCUACGAGAACACGGGCGUGGACGUCUUCAUGGACGGUAUCCAGAUCAGCCUGGGCUUGUGGGACACGGCCGGAAAUGACACCUUCCAGCAGAUCCGGCCCAUGUCCUAUCAACAGGCGGACGUCGUUCUGCUGUGCUACUCUGUGGCGAAUCCCACCACGCUGGCCAGCAUUCGGCAGAAAUGGAUCGGGGAGGUCAGGCAGUACCUUCCCCGUGUGCCGGUGCUGGUGGUGGCCACCCAGACGGACCACCGCGAGAUGGGGCCGUAUCGUGCCAACUGUACAUCCGCUUCUGAGGGCAAGCGGGUCGCCCAGGAGAUCCGCGCCAAAGGCUACCUGGAGUGCUCAGCGCUCAGCAACCGCGGGGUUCAGCAGGUGUUUGAGUGUGCGGUGCGCACCGCCGUGAACCAGGCCCGCAAACGAACCCGGCGACGACUGUUUGAUUUCAAUCCCUGCCAGAUCUCCUGAGGAUAUGUUCAAAGGAACCUCUAACCAAGCUUCAGCUGGUUCAGUUCAGUUCAGUUUGGGGCAAAUCCUCAAUCAAGGCAAACAGUAUUAUUUAUUUGAUCUGAUUUAACAGAAUUUUUUUUACUGGCUGUUCAGAAGGGCCACACGCAUUUCAAUGCUUCCCUGAAGACUAGAGAUGAUCUUGGACCAUGUCGAAUCUUCUAAAAUCUAUACAGCAGAGACCUGUUCACGUACUCUCGAGACUUUUUAGUGAGGUGUAAUUUAUUUGAUGUUCCGUUUGGUCAGUUAGUUUGGAUGGGUCUGUCUUCACAGAAAUAUACUAUAUAAAGCCAUUGACCAGGCCUGCAAUUGAACCUGACAAUGUUUUUGGACCUGACAACCUGACAACUAUUUCUUUGAUCUGAUUGAACAGAAAUAGUAUAAAAGGACCGAAAGCAUUUUACUGCUUUACUGACAAGUGAAGUUGAUCUGAGAUCAUGUAAAAUCUUCAGAACUGGCAGCUCAGAUCUGUUUACAUGCUUUCUGUGCUUUUUUUUUUUUGGGGGGGGGGGGGGUGUGAGAGUUAAACCUUGUGACAAAACCUUGAAAACAUUAAUUGAUGCAGAAUUUAUUAGAUUGGUUAGUUCGUACAUACAUGCUCUAUAGUACAGCCAUUAACCAGGCCUGCGCACAAACAGACGACGUUAGUUACUGAAAAACGAAUCUGAAUCAAGUUUGCCUAUAGUCUGAACGCAACCUCAGUUUCUGUGAGGUAUAGUAUGGGUAAAUUGAAGUGUUUCUAAAAUAGAAAUACACAACAGUCAGUGAUGUUUAAGUUUGAUUUGAUUGAUCUUUGUCUGUUUGUGUAUUUGCAAUAUCACACAUUUGUUUUGUACACAAUAAAAGCCAUGAGCCAAAAGACAUUAUUCUGUUUUACCCUUACUUUAUAACCCUUAGUUUAUUACGCAGAUUAUAUUACCUAUUGUUUCGUAACAAUAAUGGUCAAAAAUAACAUUGAUUAAUUGAAACGGUUUAGUAAUGUCUCAACUAAUUAGUAACUGACACUAGUUAAGACAUUGUUAAACAUCAUUCAGUUUUAAUGUUAAAUAAUGAAUUUGGACGUUAGCUUAAAUAAAAUUUAAUGAUUAAUAAUGCCUUAACUAGCGUCUAUUAAUAAUUAGUUGAGACAUUGUGUCAUAAGUCCUGUUAAUUGUAGUGUUAUAAUUUUUUCUUAAUGGCUCUUUAGAGGCAUUAAAAUAAACUCUGUGAAAUUUAAAUUCUGUACCUUAAAUUGCGUGUUUUUUGACACUGUGAGUGUUUCAUCUGCUCAAUCUAGAAAAAUGCUUUUAUGUGGUAACAAGCAUUUGAACUGGGUUUUACUCACAUUUAAAUAAAUACUUUGAAUCAAAUAAUAGUUUAUUCAAAGACUUAUCUCAGAGGAAUAAACACAGUUUAGUUACUUUUAAUAAUGUAAAGUAGGUUUAACAGAUUAACCUCCUAGUAAAUAAGAAAAACAGUUGAGUUAAUGCAAUAUAGAAUGUAAAGAGUAUGUACUAAAGACUGUUCAGAUGCCACAGAAGAGACAUUAUUUCUGUACCCUGAAAUGUGUCAUUUAUUAUUGAUUUUAGAAUAAUUCUGGGUUCUUUUUUUAAAGCUCAAAUAAGAAAUCUGUAAAUUAGACGUUUGAGGAAAAGGGGAACAGCGCUAUAUUGGUCUAAGCAUUUCGGCUAUAUCUGGUAAUUGUGUGCAGUAAACGUUGUAGUAAAUGAUGGUGCAGAAGUCUUGUGCUCAAAAAUAAAAAUUAUCAUCUUUGCCAUUUUUAUUUUUGUUAAAGGACAGUUCUGUGUGAUAUGCUGAUGUCAUAUGGGUCACUCUGAUUGGCUGACAGCAUUUUCUGCUUUGUGCUGCACCGUCAUAAAAGAGCAUUCUGUGUUUCUGUGAUUCUGUGUCUAUAUAAGGUUUUUUUUGUGAGGAGGGCGGACAUGUUUAGAUUUACGUUAAGUCAUGUAAUAUUUUCAGAGCCUUUAUCACCUUUUAAUUUUUUUUUCUCUUUAAGCGAUUUAUCUGUUCUACAUCCUUGAUUUUGCCUUUAACAAACUUUUCAGGAAAGAAACAUCAGUGGCCGAAUGCGUGUGUAAAUUUUUGGUUCACUGUGGUAUUUAUAAGGGUUGUACUGAAACCCUUGAGUUUCACACCCAAAAUGUUAAAUAUUUUUAGGGCCUUAUUUACUCAAAUACUCAUUACAACGACUGAACAUCGAUCAUUAAAAAUAUUUCAUGUAA